GGCGAGCCAAGGGGCAGCGGCCUCUGUAGCACUGCGCACGCGCGGAGUCAGCUUUAAGGGCGGUGGGGGAAGCAGCUGCCCUUUCUCCUGGUCCUGCCCCUCAGGGCACCUCUACCCUGCGGCCUUCCGUCACCCUCCGUGAGGGCAACGUACAGCGCAUGCCUGCAGUAGUUGUCUUCUGGGGGUGGGGCGUGUCCCCACCGGGGCCGGGACAGUGCGGCGGGCUGCGAGCCUGGGCUCUCCCGCCUGCAGCAGCUCCUCCCGCGCCCCUCAGAGCCGGGCUGCCCCGGGGGCUCCUGGCUCCCCACUGGUUUGCCCCCGCCCCUCCGUUCCCUGCUGGGAUCCUGACGCCGCCCGCGCUCUCAGGAGUGGCCCAACUCCGAGGGGGGAGCCCUGUCAGCGGCCAAGCUGAGAGGAGGGUGGACUUGGUCAAUUUUAGGUCUCUAUGGAAUUGGACAGGAAAGUCAAGAAAGAAUAACAGCCGGUGCUUCUCUGGCUGUAUCCAAUAUGCCCUAGGGGUGGCGCCCAUCUAGUAGUUCGAAUGGAGAGAAACCCAUGGAGGCUUGCAGAACCUCCCGGAUGGCAAACAAGAGAAUGUCAAACUUUGAGCAAUCUGAAUCAGACUUUUACCAGUCUAACUAUGCCACUGAUAUUCAAGAUCAAGGUUAUAGCAAUUCAGGGGCCCAUGAAAAUCUUUAUGGAAGCCAAAAGUGCCAGGCACAGGAUUCACCUCAACCUGGUGCUUUUGUCCCUCUAGAAAUGCUUUCAUCUUCUCAAAGUUACAUAGGCCAGAUUUUGCACCCAACAUACAAUCCAGAGUUUUUAUCUCACUCUAGUUAUGCUGACAGUUUUGAUGAAGAACCUCCUUUGCUAGAAGAACUUGGGAUUAAUUUUGAUCACAUAUGGCAGAAAACAUUAACAGUUCUAAACCCAAUAAAACCAGUGGAUGGCAGCAUUAUGAAUGAGACAGACCUGACUGGGCCCAUGGUUUUCUGUUUGGCCCUUGGAGCGACACUGCUACUGGCAGGAAAAGUUCACUUUGGCUACGUAUAUGGCAUCAGUGCUGUUGGGUGCCUAGGAAUACAUGCUUUACUGAACCUGAUGAGCAUAGCAGGUGUCUCGUAUGGCUGUGUUGCCAGUGUACUGGGCUACUGCCUGCUACCCAUGGUGGUCCUGUCCAGCUGUGCAGUCUUCUUCUCACUACAGGGGAUACUUGGAACUUCAUUAGCUCUGAUUAUUAUUGGAUGGUGCAGUCUGUCAGCUUCCAAAAUUUUUAUCUCUGCAUUAGCCAUGGAAGGCCAGCAGCUUCUCGUGGCUUAUCCCUGUGCUCUACUUUAUGGACUUUUUGCACUUCUGACUGUUUUCUGAAAUGUACUUUGUGGCAGCCUGAUUAUACUCUAUUUGUGUGGGUGUUUUUACUUUUAGUCCUCCUAGAUUCACAUUAAACUCCAUUAACAAAAAAUAGAUUGUGAUUUACCUUUUAUUUUCUUAAUGGAUGAUGGAUAAAGAAAUAGAAACAGGAUGAUAACUUUAAUAAUGACAUUCUAAAAGUCUCAAAUCUUAAACAUUUUGCUCAGAUACUAGUAAAAAUAAGGCAUUUUAGGGAGGAAAUCUGCAAAAUAAAAUGUCAUUUUAAAAAAUGAUUGUGUACUUGCAGUGUUUCGAUGGGGAUAAUAUGUAUUGUGGAAGGGGUAAGUGAAAAGCAACAACAAUGCAGUAUUUUAUAGGCAUAGUAACUCAAGUGAAAAGUUUAAAGUCAUUGUUUUAAUGUAAGUAAUGUUCAAUUUGGCAUUUUACAUGAACAUUAAAAAAAGUCUUUCCUUUUUCUUAAGAGGUUGAACAGCCUUUGUUUAUAAUGUUGAAGAAUUGCCAAAGAUGGACAGCAAGAGCAAAGUUGUUACAAUACAAAGUAAGCAAACUAGAAACCUCAUUCUGUUUGGUUUCUUUUUUUAAAUAAAUGUGGCUCUGCAAAGCCUCAUUGUACUGUACAUAAUGUACAGUAAUGCUAGAGUCUAAAAUUGCCACGAAACCACUGCCUGCUGUCACUGCAGAAAAAAACACUGCUCAAAGCAAAGGUAACUACUAAAUAUGUCUCCUGAAAGGCAGAACUGCAUUUGUGCCAGCAAAGUACAGAUCUCACCCAUUUUGUAUACAGGAAAAAAAAAUCUAUUCACUGCUGUUAGUAUUACAGCAACCCAACAAUUUUGUAACAGUGCUGGAGCACAAAAUGCAUAAAAUAUUUCAAAAAGUACUAUUGGGAGUAUCAAGCCAUCAGAAGAGAAUAAAAUGUUUGGGUAUGUUUUAACAUUUUAAGAGGCAGAAUCCUCUAAUAGUGAAAAAAAACUGAAGAAUGCAGUCAUAAAAAGGCU